CGGCCGGGGGGCGAUCGCCUGAACCGACGCGACGCGAGGCGAGAGGCCGCGAUCCUGUAUCAGUUGACCCAUCGAUAUCCACCCGCGAGCGGAAGAGAGAGCCCCUUUCGUCUCACGCACACGCAUCCUGGCGAUGAGGUUCAUGUGCUUCGGCGGCGUGGCGGCCGUCGUUGACGACGACGUGGCCGGCAGCGAGGCGGCGGUGGCCGCUCGCCACCGGGGGCAUCGUCGUGGCCGGAGUCUGUCGUUCCGGGGGAAGUCCUUGCCCGGCAAGGGAGGCAAGAGGAAGCCGUCGCCGGCGUCGCCGCUGGCCGAUGCGAAGAAGCGGGGCGUGGACGCCGACGACGUCCACGGCGCGACUGGCGCGUCCACGGCGUCGUCGGUGGCGUCCUCGUCGACGCUGAGCUCGGCCGCGUCGCUCUCGUCUUCUUUCUCCUCGUCCGCGUCCUCGUCGUCGCUCUCGGGGGUGCUUCCUCCGCCGGCGCCGGCGAAGCGGCAGGCGAUGGCGUCGACGUCGCCGGCAGCGGGGGCCGCGGCCAUGGUGCUCUGCCUGCUGAUGGUGGUGCUCUGCGGCCGGGUCGGGGCGACGCUGCUCACGUCCACGGCGCUCUACCUUCUCCCUAGACGGUGGCCGGCGACGGUGUGCAAGCAGGCGGACGACGACGUGGAGUCGCCGGUGUGCGACGCCGUGUCGGCGAGCGAAGCGGAGGAGGAGACGGCGAAGAGAAAGGUGGUUAUGGAGGGGUUCUUGGUCAGGAACCGCAAGAAGUGAUCGCCUUCACUUUUUUUUCUUUUCCCCCCUUCCUUUUUGGUUCCGAUGAGAAGGAAGAGUUUUGCACUAUUUUUUUGUCCGAGAGUCUAUGUAAUUAUAAUACUCGGACAUAAUGUAACCAAAAUUUAUACAAAGAUGCUAAGAUAGUUUGUACUAGUU